AUGAAUACAGAAGUAGAAAAGCAUGUGAAGGAAAUGUUGGAAAACAAGAUAAUAGAACCCUCAAAUAGUCCUUGGGCUUCUAGAGUGGUGCUUGUGAAAAAGAAGGAUGGUUCUACACGAUUUUGUGUAGACUAUAGGCGUUUGAAUGCUAUAACUGAAAAAGACGCCUAUCCAAUUCCACGCAUUGAUGAGACCCUGGACCAACUGGCAGGGUGUAAAUGGUUUUCAACCCUCGAUUUACACUCAGGCUAUUGGCAGAUUGAGAUGGAGCCAAAAGACAAAGCCAAGACAGCAUUCGUCACUCGAAAUGGGCUAUAUCAAUUCAAUGUCAUGCCUUUCGGGCUGUGUAACGCCCCAGCAACGUUCGAGAGGCUAAUGGAGUUAACAUUACAAGGGUUGCACUGGGACAUUUGUCUCAUCUAUUUAGAUGAUGUCAUUGUAUAUGCAAAGACAUUUGAUGAAAUGAAGACUAAUUUGUCGAGAGUCUUCGACAAACUUGCAGCAGCUGGACUAAAACUGAAGGCGAAAAAGUGCGCGCUAUUUUCACGAAGUGUUGAUUACCUAGGACAUGUUGUGUCUGAACAUGGCUGUGAUAUUUGUAUGAAGCGGAAGAAUCCAAACAAGAAAAAGAUAGCACCGAUGCAGAUAGUUCCAUCAGGAAUGCCUUUAGAGCGCAUAGCAGCUGAUAUUCUCGGCGAACUUCCAGUUACAGAAAAUGGCAACAGAUAUAUUUUAGUAGUCUCAGACUACUUUACCAAGUGGACGGAGGCUUUUCCUAUGCCAAACAUAGAGGCUAAGACCGUGGCUAAAUUGAUUGUAGAGGAAGUUAUUAAAAUGCCGAACCUGAAAGUAACAAAAGCUAAAGUUAGAAAUCAUUGUCCAUUGUGUGAUGGAGAAGUUGUUGAUAACCAAUGGCCUGAACAUUUGAUGAGGUGCACGGGAGGUAUCCAGUACAGAUCCAGUGACGAGGGAGUCGAGUCCUGUGAAGAAAAUUCAGAGGGGAUCAAAGAGCAGUCUCAAGUAGCGUCAAAUGAAGAUAAGGGUGAAAGUGAGAAAGAGAAGCAUAGUGCGAAACCAGAGAGCCGUAGUCCUUUGGAAAAGGGUAGAGUUGUGCGAAAGCGUACAGAACCAGCUCCAGUGUUUGCACCAAAGAGGUCAACACCAUUGGUUUCAACCCAAAGCAGCGGGGUCUGCACAUCUUCCGUUCCGAAGUUCAGUUUCGGAAAGACGUACAAGUCGUCGAGCACACAGACGGAGAAUCAGUCUGGUGAUGGACAAAAGAGAGUUUUGAAGAAGCGGAAGUUGCACAAAGUCGUCUCAACCUACACCAAGGAUGACAAGCAGGUUGAAGAAAUUGUGGAAGAGGAAGAAUUCGAGUACAUGGAAUGA